AUGUCUUCAAGACAAUCUACAUGUAACGCCAGAUGGAUUGAAAGUUUUAUCAGUGAAAAAAUCGAUGACAACGAUAAUAGGGAAGCAUCAAUCAUACAGUUAGAGCAAACACUACACGAUGGCGUAGUUCUAGCUAAAUUGGCACGUAGAAUUCAACCUUCCUCCAUUACCAGUAUUAUAUCAGGCGAUGCCAAAUUCAAAUUUUUACGCUCCAACAAUAUCAAUGCAUUUUUGUCUGUUAUCAGCAAGUUGAAUAUGCCCAAAGUUAUUAUUGUAUUCAUGCUCUCCCAUUUAUUGCAUUCAAAUCAAAUCGCGCCACAGAUUAAAAACUUACACGGCGAAUUUAAUUUUUCAGAAGACAUUUUGAUAGCAACGCAAAGAAAUUUGGAGAAAUCAGGUGUACCUAUGCCCAACUUUAAUAAUCUUGUGUGCAUCUUACAAAACGAAUUGGAUGGUGGUAAAAAGAAAACCUUUCUUUUUCGACCCAUCGAAGAACCACUAAUAGACGAUGAAGAUUUGAUGCCAAAAAUGAGACAAAUUAGAAGACAUACACCUGAUUUAAUAGUGGCUGAUUUAUAUGAUUCGGACACAGAGUCAAAAACAUCCGCAAGUGAUGAUCAUGAUACCUCUUCGGGUAUUACAACAAUGCAAAGGUUACAAUUUUUAGAUGCUUCUGGUGAUUCUUCAAUCAGUAGCUCCGCCUCCGAAAUAGAGUAUUAUGACGAUUCAGACGAACUCGACUCCGAAGAUGAAGACUCGAUUGCAGCACGAGCAACGGCCCUCGAGCAACACUUUACUGCUCCAGAAAACAACAAAGUACUUGUUUCAGCACAAGGCUGCAUCCGAACAUUUAUGGCUCGAAAUAAAUUAGAAAAGAUUAAAGAGCAGUACCGUUAUCAGUCUUUCCAGUCAACUAUACAAAAAAUGCAAGCUCGUAUCCUUUUUGCUUGCCCUGAUGAUUGGGUAACUGCAUUACAGGCUAUGAUUCGUCGACACCUUGCAAUAAAAAAAAUGGACGGCAUGCAUCAAUUCCAGUUGGUGGAAAAUCAACGCAUAGAAAAUUUGAGAAUUGAAGGCAAAUCCAGUGCACAGUACCAUGAAAGUGCUUAUCAAAAAUUGAAAUCGGAUAAAAACCCUUCCAUUGGAGUUGUUAAGAGUGUCCUUCACAUGCUGAGCAACAACGAUGUAGAUUUUAACGAGGAUUUAAUCAUAGAAGAUCUCCGACAGAAGGUUAUUGAAUCAAUUAGAGAAAAUAAUCAUUUGGAUAGUCAAGUGAGCAUGAUUGAUAUUCAAAUCGCAUUGCUCUUGAAAAAUGUCGUAACAUUGGAUGAAGUAGUUAAACUCAGUAAUGCAUUUUUCAAUCCCAACAGAAGAAAGCAACAGCAACAGAGAUUUUCUCAACUGAUGUCAUCGAACCCUUCCAAUAGUCCUUAUGAUUUGCGUGGUGUAGACAAAGGAAAUCGUGACAAAUUAGAAUUGUACCAACAGCUCGUAUUUCUGCUGCAAACAGAACCUGUAUAUCUGGCAAGAUUAAUGUCGAUCACAGGUGGUCAAGUUUAUGGUGAAAAGAAAGGUCAGCGCAAAAUUGAUGCUACGGUGUUAGCCCUGUUCGGUUAUGGUACCAACGCCCGCGAAGAAUGUCUAUUAAUCAACUUGUGCAGAGCAUGUAUUGUACAAGAAAUGAAGCGCGUCAAAGACCCUCAAGAAUUUAUGCGUGGAAACUAUACAUUUAUGAAACUGGUCGUUCAAGUGAAUCGUGGUGCCAAGGAAAGACAGUUUUUCACAUCCCUUUUUGAGGCGUUAAUCAAAAAAGUGAUUGAAAAUAAUGAGUUGGAUUUGGAGACAAACCCAGUUGUUAUUUAUCAGAAAUUUGUCGGUCAAGAAGAAUCUCGCACGGGCAAUCCUUCGGACAAACCUUUUCAUAUUAAUCACUCUCAAGCAUUGCAAGUACCCGAGGACUUUCUAAGUGCUAUCAUUAAAACAGUAGAUUCAAUGCCCUAUGGUAUGCGUGUUAUUGCAAGAGAGCUUCGACUUGUGAUGGAGGAAAAUUUCCCGGAUGAAGCCUCAGAAGAGAUCAUUAAAUUCUGGGAAAUUUUUCCCGCUAUCACUGCCCCUGAGCAAUAUGUUUCUCUUAAUCACGAAGUAUCUUCAGUCCAAAGAAAAAAUUUGGCAGAGGUGUCCAAAAUGCUGCAACAAAUCUCCAUCGGCAAAGACUUUGACACGCGCAAUGUUGAACUGAGUGCUUUAAACAGUUACAUAAGGUCAUCCAAUCAAAGAUUUACCCAAUGGUUUAUGGAUCGUAAUUAUGAUGUGGAAGAACCUGAGCAGCAUUUUGGCUUGGAUCAACUAUCGGAUUAUAAAACACAAAAGCCAACCAUAUACGUGCAUCCUACUGAACUUUAUCAUAUUCAUCAGCUUUUGGAAGAAAAUAUAGAUUCAUUGGAACGCCAAAAAACUGGUAUUCUUCAUAAUAUUUUAGGCGACUUGGGGGAGGCUCCUGUCGAUGUCAACAUGAGCGUUCCUUUACAUGUUCUUCGACUUGAACUGAGUGAUCGUAGAGAUGGUAUCCCAAAUGAAGCAGUACAAUCCGGACCAUCACUAGAAGCUAUCUUUGAAGAUCCUGUUACAGAUGAACAUGAAUCUAUUUGGGAGAUCGUGCGUGAGCAACAAUUCCCCUCUGAAGGUACUGAAAAGGAAAUUGAAAUGGCUAUUCGUGAAAGAAACUUUAAAUUCGGUUAUCAAAAUGCUGCUAUGGAUGUGAAAAGUCUAAGCUUUGCAAAAUUAAAAUCAUUUGCAAGUAAGUUACACGCUUAUUUGUUGCAACACAGUGUUAUUCCACCUAGUCCCGGAUACCAAAGCAUCAUCAAUAUGAUUGCUGUUGAUAUCACAAAGAAAGGAGAACGAAGAAAGUUACGUAAUGCUGAAAUCAAGAAAUUGCAAAACAUAUUGCUGCAUUUAGAUGAAAAACGACAGUUUUUGAUUGGUCAAGCUAACAGCUAUAAGAAGUAUUUGGAUGGGUGUAUGAAUAACAUGGCUGAACGUAGAGGAAAGAAACAGAAAUUCGUCUUUCCAUUUACCAAACAGUAUUUCCAUAUGAAGUACUUGAAAAGUCAUGGACUUGUUCCCAAAUUUGGAUCCUUCAAGUAUUCUGCAAAAACUUUAUAUGAUCGUGGUAUCAUUCUAGAUCUAUCUGGUGUUUCUAAGAAGUUGUAUGCUCGCAUUACUUUAAUUUUAUCGAUGGAUCGUGCCGGCAUCAUUACCUUUGAAGGGUAUUUUCCUCUUAUGAAUACGCAAGAAUUACGUGUUGAUGUACAAUAUGAAGAACUUUUGCAGACGCAGUACGAAUGUGUCCAGACAAUGAAAGUGCUGGAUGGCAUGGCUACUGUUAACGUUAAUCUUCUCAUUUAUUUGAUCAACAAAAGUAAGUUAUUGUAACAUAUAUCUAAUGGAAUUCUCUUACAGAUUUUAUCAUACGGCAUAAAAACUUUGUGUAUACCCUCUCAUAUUUUUUUUUUUUUUUUUUUGAUUAGAUAUUGUACCAUCGUUUUAUCUUUAUCAAUAGACAAUAGAUCUUCCAUAAAUAGAUAGAUACAAACAUGGCUUCUUAAGGUAAGUCUAAGCUAGCAUUACACAGGUAUGAUAUUUUAUACAAAUGAUUACAGCAUACUUCACAAAAGAAAUUCUAUCAACAUUUGAAUUCCACGAUGUUUUUCUCUUACAGAAUCGAGCUAGCCAACCU